GCUUGCUCUUUCUGAAUGUUUUUUCAAAGGUUAAAAAUUAAAUUUUGAAAGACUACCCAGGGUAAAGAAGAGAGACAGACACUGAGUCUCCAACAUGAAGCUUGCUCAUGUUAUUUUAUUACAUUUGUGCUUCUGCCUAAGUUUUUGCAAGAAUAUAGAUGAAAAACAAAAACAAUGGACAAAGACAACACAGCUUUCUGCAAUAAAAAAAACACCUCAAAAUGAUCUGGUAGACAAAAAGUGCUUAACUGAAAAAUACACACAUCUCUCCUGCAGCAAAGUCUUCUGCCAACCGUGGCAGAAAUGCAUUGAUGGGACCUGUAUUUGUAAACUCCCAUAUCAGUGCCCAAAGAAUGGUACCACAGUGUGUUCAACUAAUGGGAAAACCUACCCAACUUACUGUCAGCAAAAGAGUGUUGAAUGUCUUCGUCCAGAGUCAAAAUUUUUAAAUAGUGGAGCAUGCACAGCUCAAGGACAAUUUGGUGUUUCUGUAAAGUACGGAAAUACCACUUCAGAAGGAAUUGUUGAAGUAAAACUUGUAGACCAAGAUAAGGAAAUGUUCAUAUGUAAAAAAACCUGGAGCAUUACAGAAGCUAAUGUGGCCUGUCUUGAACUUGGAUUUCAGCUAGGUGCUUUUGAUAUUCAAAAACAGUUUGAGUUUCCUGAAAAUGUCUCUGUAAAUUCCACUGAAUGUCUCCAAGUGCAUUGUCAAGGAUUCGAGACAAGUUUGGCUGAAUGUACUUUUACUAAGAGAAGAACUAGAAAUGACCAGGAUUUUGCUGGUGUGGUUUGCUACACGCACAAUACAGCUCCUCCAGCAAAUGACUCGUUUCACUGUGUGAAUGGGAAAUACAUUCCUCAGAAGAGAACCUGUAAUGGUAUCAAUGACUGUGGAGACCUGAGUGAUGAACUGUGCUGUACAGGAUGCCGAGGGAAAAGUUUCUUCUGUAAGUCUGGUGUUUGUAUUCCAAACAAAUACAAGUGCAACGGCGAGGUGGACUGUAUUACAGGAGAGGAUGAAGUUGGUUGUGAAGGAAAUGGAAAUUCUGAAAUUAAAGGCCAUCCUGAAAUUAUAGAAGAGACACAAUUUUUGACUGCUAAUAUGGAUGAAGAAAGAAAACGGAUCAAGUCAUUUCUCCCUAAAGUGUCCUGUGGAGUUAAAAACAGUGUGCCCAUUCGAAGGAAACGAGUUGUAGGAGGAAAGCCAGCACGCAUGGGUGAAUUCCCGUGGCAGGUGGCAAUUAAGGAAGAUAAGAAAAUCAAAUGUGGAGGAAUUUAUAUUGGAGGGUGUUGGGUUAUAACUGCUGCACACUGUCUCAGCGUCAGUAAACUAUACCAUUACCAAAUAUGGGCAUCAUUUCUAGACUCGUUAAACCCGGAAAAGGAAAUAAUUUUUCACUUCGCAAAUCAAAUUAUUAUUCAUGAAAAGUACAACGGAACCACCUAUGAAAAUGACAUAGCUUUGAUUGAAUUGAAAAAACACUCAAACCGAAAAGAUUGUGAGCUGCCUCUUUCUGUCCCUGCCUGUGUGCCCUGGUCUCCAUAUCUAUUCAGACCUAACGACAAAUGCAUUGUUUCUGGCUGGGGUCGAGAAAAAGAUAACCAAAAGGUCAAUUUACUAAAGUGGGGUGAAGUUAGCCUAAUCAACAACUGCUCCAGGUUUUAUCCGGGUCGCUAUUAUGAAAAAGAAAUGGUCUGUGCAGGUACAGAGGACGGUUCCAUCGAUGCCUGUAAAGGGGACUCCGGAGGCCCCUUAGUCUGUAUGGAUGUCAACAAUGUAGCUUAUGUUUGGGGUGUUGUGAGUUGGGGUGAAAACUGCGGAAGCCCAGAGUACCCAGGUGUUUACACCAAAGUGGCCAAUUAUUUUGACUGGAUUAGCCUUCAUGUGGGAAGGUCUCUUAUUUCUCAGCACAAUGUAUAAAAUUGUGAUCUCUCUCUUCUGCUCUUUUCCCUUGGGAUUCGGAUUUUAGUUGAAAUGAUACUGCGCAAUUAGUACUUCUCUAGGCAAAAGAAAAUAAAGCACAUUUUAUUGGA